AUGGGGAACGUAGUGUCCCCCUGCCUCCUCCCCAACCGACGAGGCACCGUGAAGUUGGUCUUCUGGGGCGGGGCCGUGAGGGUGCUGCCGAAGAGCCAGCCCGCAGACGAGCUCCUCUUCGAGUAUCCCGACCACGUCAUCUGCCAAGCCGACUCCUUCUUCAUCGGCCGCCCCGUGCCGGCGCUCGGCCUCCACGACGAGCUCAUCGCCGGCAAAACCUACUUCGUCGUCCCCAUCGAUCGCCUCCCGCCGCGGGUUCUCACGGCGGCGUCCCUCUCGGCGCUCUCGGCGGCGCCCAAAGGCUCCGGCAUGCCCUUCGGAGAAAGCCCCUUCGAGUAUAUGAAGGACGCCCACGAGAGGACGAUCAUCAGAGUCAACCCGGAAUUCAUCGCAAGGAUCAUGUCGGAAGGGAGCGGCGGCGGCGGCGGUGGCGGCGGAGACAGCGGCGGAGGAGGCAACAGCAGUCCUCUCUGCACCACACCGGAGUUGCAGAAGCAUUACGCCCAGCUUGUUGGACCGAGGGAGCAGCAGUGGUCGCCCAAGCUGGAGACCAUCUCCGAGCGCAGGGCCAGGCUAUCGCCCAGUAGGAUCCUAGGGUUUGACAUAGGAAGAUGA